GCUCAUGCACAGUUAGUUCGAGAAGUCGAUGUAGAGAAGGUGUCAACUUUUGAGAACCCCUAUGUAGAUGCAAUAAGAAGUUUAUGGAAUGACCCUGGAAUCCAGGAAUGUUAUGAUAGACGACGAGAAUAUCAGUUAUCGGAUUCAACUAAAUAUUACCUUAAUGACUUGGACCGCAUAGCAGAUUCGGCCUAUCUGCCAACUCAGCAAGAUGUGCUUAGAGUUCGAGUCCCAACAACAGGGAUCAUUGAAUAUCCAUUCGACUUACAAAGCGUCAUUUUCAGAAUGGUGGAUGUAGGAGGCCAACGAUCAGAAAGAAGAAAAUGGAUACAUUGCUUUGAAAAUGUCACAUCUAUCAUGUUCCUAGUAGCUCUUAGUGAAUAUGAUCAAGUGCUUGUGGAGUCAGACAAUGAGAAUCGAAUGGAAGAAAGCAAAGCACUCUUUAGGACAAUUAUCACAUAUCCAUGGUUCCAGAAUUCUUCGGUCAUUCUGUUCUUAAAUAAAAAAGAUCUCUUAGAGGAGAAAAUUAUGUACUCCCAUUUAGUUGAUUAUUUCCCAGAGUAUGAUGGACCACAACGGGAUGCACAAGCGGCACGAGAGUUCAUCUUGAAGAUGUUUGUUGACCUGAAUCCAGACAGUGACAAAAUUAUCUACUCACACUUCACAUGUGCUACAGACACAGAGAAUAUACGCUUCGUCUUUGCUGCUGUCAAGGACACAAUCCUACAGUUAAACCUGAAGGAGUACAACCUGGUCUAA